CAGGGGAGGUAUGAGAUGAGGAUCGACAUGACGUUCGAAGGAAAAGACUACUACGCCAGCUACAAAAACUUUUCGCUGAGCGGAGAAUCUGAAAACUACAAAAUCUACAUAUCCGGAUUUUCGGGUAAUGUAGAAGACAACCUGGAUUUUCACAACGGCUCGAUGUUCUCUACCAAGGACCGUGACAACGAUCAUGAUUAUGCUCAACACUGUGCCGAACAGUUCCACGGAGGCUGGUGGUACCAUGUCGGCUGUUUUCAUGCUUGUCUCAACGGAGAGUGGGGCUCUACAGUUCGUGCGAAGGGCUUGCACUGGGUACAUUUAACGGGAUAUACCGCCUCUGUCAGCCUCAGCGAAAUGAAAAUUCGACCCCAUCCUUAGCUUCAUGGCGGAAAAUACUAAUGUUGAAUAUAAAUUUCAGUCCUGAA